AUGUACAUCACUCUCUACUUUCUCGUCACCCGUCUCCCUGAGUCCCUUCGUGUCGUUAGGGACCAGUUUCUCUCUGUCUGUCCCACCACUCUCACUGUCGACCUCCUUGAGGAGUCCCUGCUAGCGGCUGAGAAGAGUAUUGUCGCUGUAGGGGCCUCUCGGGGUGACCCUCGCACCCCUAUCUUUGAGGGGUGUGGUCCUUCCCCCCUGCUGCCCUCUGUCGCCUCUGCCGCUGCGGCCGACCUCACUGGUUUUGAGUCGGUCGGCGCGGCGUCUGCCCCCCAGCGGCAGACGCCGCGCUGGCAAGGCAAGGGGGGCAAGGGAGCGGGUGGAGCUAGAGGGGGCGGUGGAGGAGGCGGUGGGGGUGGCGGGGGGAGUGGGGGUGGCGGUGGGGGUGGUGGCGGGAGUGGAGGUACUGGUGGCGGCGGUGGAGGCGGAGGUGGCGGCGGAGGUGGUAGCGGAGGAGGCGGUGGGAGCGGUGGGAGCGACGGUCCUGGUGGGGGAGGUGGAGGUGGAGACGGGGGUGGCGGUGGAGGCGGGGGUGGCAGUGGAGGCGGGGGUCGGAGUGGCUCGUCCCAGCGGAGCAGCUCCGGGGGUGGUCAGCGCCAGCAGCAGCAGCAGCAGCAGCCGCAGCAGCAGCCACAGCAGCAGCAGCAGCGCUCUCGCACCGUCCCCGCCCCUCAGCAGCUCC